AUGUCGACUGCCGCUGCUCCUACUGAUGGCCCUGUACACCAUGGUAGCCACGCUCACCAGCUGAUCGCUGCUUCCGUCAUUGCCAUUGUGCUUCCCACUGUCUUCCUCGUUCUGCGCCUGCUCGCCAGACAUGUCCUGCGCAUCCGCCUCUACUUUGACGACUGGCUCAUCAUCAUUGCCUGGGUAAAUUCAUGGCUUGCCUCCCUGUCCAUACUCUGCUGA